AUGGAAAAGAAAAAAAUUGCAAAAGCGAUGGGCAAUGACAUUAGAUUGAAAAAAAAAAAUGGAAGAAAAAAAAAAGUAGUUUUGGUCCAGAAUACACGCACUGGCUCGGUUCACACUAUGAUUGAAAUAAAAAAAAUAGUUUCCCAUCAAUUGCAAUACAACAAUCUCAAGUAUAAAGGUCAAUUUCUACAAUCACUAAUGGUUCCACCUCCACAUAUAUCACAUUCUAGUAGAACAAACAUUAGAAAAAGAAAAAAGCCUUAUAACAAUGAUCUGAGCUUUAAAUCUCAUUCUCCUCAACCAGUUUUGCAGCUUCAAUUGACAAAUGAAGAACUUAAACAACCAUCACAACAACCACAACUGAUUGAAGAUGACAAAUUGAUAAACUAUCUCAACAAACUAACUCCAAGAAUUAACCUAUCACAGUCGGGAAAUACUUCAACAUAUAUAACCAUACUAUUAACACUAUCGGAACCAGAACAUAUUCUACAACAAAAGCAGAAAUUAAUAGACAACUUUGGUAUUAAAGACAUAUCAGUAAGUGCUCCAACAUCAGGUUCAAUAGAUCAGUAUCUAACGAUAUAUGGAGAUUCACUGGUGAAAGUUGCAAGAUGUCUUCUUUAUAUUGUUUAUUUUUUGAAUGUCAAAUUAUAUAUCAACUAUGAUUUAUUCACAUUCAAAACAGCGAACUACAAAUCCACUAUACUAUUGAAUAAUGGUGGACCAAUUCUACCAAACACAUUGAAAUACAUGGAUAUUGCUUAUUAUAAUAACAACAUAUUUACAUGUUUCAUUCAAGGAGAUUUGGCAUCUAUAUUUAAUUUCACUUUGCAGAUUAUUGAAGAAGGAAGAAAUGUGGAAAAUAGCAAGAUUCAAAAUAAUCCUGUAUUUGGUUUGCACAUCGAUCCUGUGUUACGUUCUUCGGAACAUCCACAACCUAGUAGUCAAUCCAGAAAGAAAUUGAUUGACUAUUUGUAUUCAUCUACAGGUAAAUUAACAGAUAAGUAG